AUGUCUGAGGCCUUGGCCAUUUCGACUCUCAUUGGGAAGUCUGUGGUAUUGACCCAUCGCUGCCCUUCUUACCCGGUGUUGGUGGGCGAGAUGUUCCUUCCUGUCGAUCUAUUCGUGAUGCCGAUGACAGGAUUCAAUGUUAUUCUGGGUAUAGACUGGCUUGCAGAGUAUGGUGUCGUCUUAGACUGUCUUGCAAGGACAGUUACAUUUUAUAUUACAAGCUUGCCAGUAUUCCAGUUCGUCGCCGAGCCUAGAGUGGAGCCGUUAUCUAGUCUCUUAGCUUUGGUCGCUGAAGAUUCUGUGGUAGAGAGUAUCGAACAGCUGCCAGUUGUUUGUGAGUACCUGGAUGUGUUUCAAGAGAUCUCGGGUUUGCCGCCGUGUCGGCAAGUAGAGUUCUAA